AUAGAGUUAUUGGAAAUAUGUUUUAACGUUGUGCAUUUGGUAUACUGUAGUUGUGUCAUGUAAUCGAUUAGUCGUAAACAUGAGUGGUCAGUCACCGUCAUUGUCUAUAAUGGUGUGUAAAUGUACGAGUAAAUAAUUUUGUUGGUAAAAUUUUAAAUCAAUUACUAUGUCUGAAAACAGAGAAGCAACUUUAGCCGAUUUCCAGGCCUGCACAGGUAUCGAAGAUGUUGCUGAAGCCAUUUAUCAUUUGGAAGAAACGAACUGGGAUUUGUUGAGGGCCGUGAAUCGAGUAAUGCCUCAAGAAACCCAGACGCUACCAUCGGAAAUGGAUAUGGAUAUCGUUGAAGAGAUACCAAAGAAACGAAGGAAUUCCGGACCAGACGUUUCUGUGAUCACAUGCACUCGUGAUGUCAGGAGUGGUUCAUCCAUCGCAGACGUCAUACCCCUGCCUUCUACUUCCAAUUCCGAGAGCUUUAGACUACUGAACUUCCGUGUCAAGUUCAGGGACCGGGUCUGUCACGUCCAGGUGCCAGAGAUGGGGACAGUAUAUGACCUUAAAUGCCGCCUGCGGGAUGAGUUUGGUGUAUCACCGUGCCAACAGUAUUUGCAGGGGUGGAAGUCCUACCCAAAAUCAGACGAAGUUGUUCUAACCACCCUGCACCUUCCUAGAGAUAACACACUUUUCAUGACAAAUCCCAACUUGGAGGAUGGGGAAGACAUGUCAAAAGAGUCGAGCAUAGCCGAAAGGCUGGCGCAGAACUACAACUUGAACAUCCACGAUCUGACCAAUAAGAAGCAUUACAAUCUGAAGUUCCUGGGUUCCAAGACUCUCCUAGAAGUUAAAUCUGAUGUGUACACACUGACGGAUAUUCCGGUCCGCCAUCAAGUGUGGACGGGCUGGCCGGAUGAAGUCGACGGCGACAGAACCACCCUAGCGUGCUCUGGUAUCAACUACCCCUACCACGAGCUGACCGUAAAGAAGGUUCCUGGCGGCCACUCCAAAGAACUUAAGAAAGUGAUCGACUUGGCUGACAGUGAUAACAGUUCUGUAGAAGAGUUUGAAGAUGCAUCAGAAACAUUCAAUGAUGAUGACAUCUUUGUUGACAUGGAGACUAAAAGAAUGCAGCCCCUCAUUCCAGAUAAUGUUGAAGAUGAGACAGUAGGUUGCAUUCACUUUGCCGAAGAGUUCACAAACAGGUAUGGGGUUUGCCAUCCAGAUUUCUAUCAAGGCUCUCUGGAGGACGCAGUUAAGGAGGCAUGCCUUAAACCUGCCAAAGAUAGGCGACUGCUGGCAGUUUAUCUCCACCAUGAUGGCAGUGUCCUCACCAAUGUGUUCUGCACUCAGCUGCUCGGGUUUGAGUCUGUCCUGCAGUGCCUUAAUACACACUUCGUCGUUUGGGGCUGGGACCUAACGCACGAAUCAAACAAACUCAGGUUUUUCCAGUCCGUGUCUGUGACAUUGGGUGCAGUUGCUGCGAUGGCAAUAAGAAACAUUAACAUGGACAGGUUACCGGCUCUGAUUAUCAUAAUGAGAAUGAGAUCAGCCACAGAAAUUUUUCAGGUUGUUCAUGGGAACGUGGGUGUGAGCGAGCUGCUGACCAGCCUGAUCCAGGCGGUGGACGUGUUCACGGACCAGCAGACCCUGGAGGUGCGCGAGGAGGAGGAGCGAAACGCCAGGGAGAUGGUGAAGAUGGAGCAGGACGUGGCCUACGAGCAGUCGCUGGCGGCCGACAGAGCCAAAGAGGAAGCCAAGCGCAGCCAGGAGUUGCUGGAAUGCCAGGAGCGAGAGAAGAGAGAAAUGAAGGAACAGAAAGAAGCUCAGCUGAAGGAGGCUAACAGGCUGAAAGUUAUGUCAAGACUACCUGAUGAGCCACCAGAGGGUGCAGAAGAUAGUGUUACAAAAAUUAGGUUCCGCCUACCCAAAGGAGAGAACGUUGUCAGGCGAUUUUAUGUUUCCCAACAGCUGAAGGUAGUUUUGGAUUUCUUGUUGGUGAAGGGGUACCCACCAGAAGAGUUUAAAGUAAUAUCUAGCUGGCCUAGACGAGAUCUUACAACACUCAACCCAAAAGCAACCUUGCUGGAGCUCAAGUUAUGCCCACAGGAGACGCUGAUACUGGAGGAACGAUAAAGCAAAGCUGUGCUCCGAGUUGAGACUGGUGAACCCUUGUAACAAAGACAGCUCAUUGUACAUAAGACCAGGCUGUGUAAAAUUUACUACUUAUUGAUAAGUGAGGUUGCGCAAGUAUGUUUGCAUGUGUGCGUGUUAUGUAAAGUUUUGGGGACUGCCCAAUUUUAUAUAAAUUAUAAUGUGAUCUUUUUGCUAUGUUUAUAGCUGUUAAUGUGUACAUAAAACUGAGUGUAAUAAAACCACCCACUAGCAAACAAAAAAGAUCCUCCAAAACACUUGCUGGAAAAAAAACUUUCAAUUUAGUUGCCAAACUAAUUAAUAUUAAUACUGCCUGUUAAUUUGACUCAUUUUCUGUGAGUGUCAUGUAUUUAAAUUGUUUCCUCACAGGUCAUAUUGGAUGUCUCGUUUGGUUUUGACACAUCUCACAAUAAAUCUUCUCCACACAUA